GUAGAGAAGAGGGAGCUCUAGGCAUCACGUUGUGAGGAUGUUGCGACGCUCAGCAUAUCAGGGCAGCGUUUGGCAGAUGCAAUUUCGCCGCUGGCCGGAAGGUGAUUCUAUGACGGUGACGUGUACCUUUCUGCUUCUCUUGCUCCUCCAGAUGACAAUGUCACACCAAACUUAGUUUUGGCUGGAGGCAACCAUUUUUGGCUCCUUCAUUCUAGCAGGUAAUACCCGUUUUCUGGGGCCCUUCCUGCCGGCGAUCUACAGAUAAAGCUUCACUCUUAAUGAGUACAGCAAGUUCAGAACAAAGUUUGGUGUUCCAGAUAAAUACCGCAGGCACGUGAGUUGAACGCACGCCUGAAGAAUCUGAAAGCAACAGAUUCCAGAGCAGCAGCAAUGACAGCCAUACAGUAUAUGCACCAACAUGACAACGACAAACCUCCCGAUCAGCAUCACGGCGGGACAGAACAUUUAUCUUCAUUGAAGGGACUGGCAAGAUGUUUUCCUUGUGGGGGGGGGCAGGAGGAGGCUGCUGCAGGGGAGCAGCUACCCCCCCCCAGGGCUCGGCGGCUGAAGCGCAACGUCUCGAUGCUGUCAAAGUUGGCAGAAGGGAGUGGGAUGGGGGAGAGCUCUGCGACAGCUGUCACGCAACUGCAACAGAUUGAAGAGAGGCCAGCCCCGAGUGGUUUUCUAGUGGACAUUCCCCACCUGACCACUAGCGACGUAAAACUCGUCCAAGAGAGUUGGGCCAAGGUGGUGGAAGCCCAUGGCGUUGGAGCGGUGACCCUUUUCUACGUGAACUUAUUCACACUGGCGCCGCACCUGGAGUCGCUGUUCAAGAAGACCAAGAAUAUCCAAGAGGCAAUGUUUACGGACAUGAUGAUGACUCUGGUCGGCAAACUGCACGAUUGGGAGUGGGUUGUGAGCGCACUGGAGGCGUCUGCGAUCCGGCAUCUGCGCUAUGGAGUGUCCGUCUCCAUGUUCCCCGCAGUCGGGCAGGCGCUGCUGCAAACGCUGGACAUGGGCCUGGGGGUCCACUGGACUCCGGAGGUCAAAGCGGCCUGGAUCAAGCUCUGGACCGCGAUCGUUUCUGUGAUGUCCGUGCACCUGAAAGCUGACGCGUUGACCCGCGCCGUCGCGUGCAACAGCCUCGCUCUAGUUGCGGCCGAGCUGGAUCGAGCGCCCCGGGGAGAACGUGUGGAGCGACCGCUGACCAAAAUGCCGAGCGGACUGACCCCCCUGCUCAUGGCGAUCCGAGACAAAAAGGUCGAUCUCGUCAAGUACAUGCUCUCGGACAUCCUAUCCAUCCGUUCUGACCGUACCGGGUAUUACUACGGCCGCGCGCAACUUUGGGCGACCCACCCGACGAUCGUGAACGAGAUUGUGGACAACGUUCCGACGGCGAUGAAGGAGUUGCUUGAUGGGUGCUACUGGCAGAGCGGCCAUUCCACGGACGGGUCCUGGCGGGCCAACUUCUACAUUCAGGGCCUGUACGGCGAACCCCACCGACCGAUCUCCAAAUCGCCGCUGGCUCAGAUGCUCAACCUGCGCGACAACGAGGCUUUCCAGCACCCCGUUACCGGAAUCCUUAUCUUCCAGAAGUGGAACAUGUUCGGGCGCCGCGUAUUCUUCCGAAACAUGGUGAUCGGAUGCUCCGCAUUCCUGCUUCUCGUGUUGGGGUACGUCGCUUGGCCUCGCCAGAUCGACGGUCUGCCGUUCCGAGCCCUCUUCUGGGUCUACAUCAUCGCAACGUUGAUCGCCGAGAUCCGGCGCGCGAUAGCCGUUGGAUUCAUCGAGGCCGGUUUCUUGGGCUUUGCGAUCCCGAUCCCGGUCCACUUCCUCUCGGUGAUCCAGUUCGUGCGGCUCGUAAUGGACAUUUUGGUCUUGACGGCAAUCCCUUUCGAGCACACGUGGAACAAGACCGGCAAGACCACGGAAAGCAUCCUCAUAGCCACGGCGACCAUAGCGUAUUGCUUCCAGCUGCUCCACUACUACCUCGCCUCGCGCGAGCUCUCAUCGUUCGUUUUCACUCUGAGCCGAAUGAUGUACGACCUCGUCAAGUUUAUGGCGGUGUUCAUACUCAUCUGGGUCGGCUUCGCGCUCGCCUUUUAUAUUCUUCUGGGCGAUCUGCCGACCCCGGAAGGCUCCUCCGCGACUUUCACGAGCGUUAACUGGUCUUUUACCACCUUCUUUAUCAUGCUCUACAGCUAUGCCGAGUUCGACUUCCAGGCCAUUGAGAACAGCCAAGUCAGGGCCGUCGCAAUCGUUCUUUGGUUCUUCUACUUGAUGCUCGCGAACCUGCUGCUAUUGAACCUGCUCAUCGCCCAGUUUGCAACGACCUACGAGAAGGUCUACCGAGAUAGUUACGCCGUCGCGCUGAGAAAGCUCGCCCAUGAACUCUUAGCGAUCGAAGGCACCUUCUCGACCGAGGAACGGCUCAAGCACUACAACAAACUCAACUUCGACCAGCCCCUCGAGUUUGACGAGUUUGACGCGGGGCCGUCAGGAGGCAUUCAGGUGCUUCAAGACGUGGACACGUCAGCCGACAAGAUCGUGGACCGCAUCCAGCGGUUCGGCGGCAAGUCCGCCCCCGAUUUGCCCUGGCCGGGGGAGACCACCGAGAACUACAACCUCGUUUCCGGCCCGGACAACGGAACGGACGAGCGGAAGCCCGCCGCACCGGAACCGGCUCAACGGAAGCCCGCCUCACCGGAACCGGGCCAUCGGAAGCCCGCCGAACCGGAGAGACGAGCGGGUCGUCCGGCUGCCAGCGGAGAGGGAGGAGGGGAGGGGCCGGGCGCGGCAGAGAAGAGUCCGAUCGAGUUUUGGAACAAUAAAGGGCAGGCGGAGCGUUUCCGGAUGAUCGCAGACUGUAGGGACGACUCUUCUCUUACGGAGUCAGAGGCGUUUUACCGGGCGGGCGUGUUGAGGGGCCGGGGGGAUGGGCCGGUGCGGAAACGGCGGGCGAGCUUGACCAGGAUCGUUUCCGCCGCGGAGCUCGCGGGGCACAAGACGCCGAAGUCCAAGUGGCUGGCCAUACACGGGAAGGUGUACGAUGUGACGACAUUUGCCGGUACGCAUCCCGGGGGGUUGAUCAUCGACUCAGCAUUGGGACGCGAUGCUACUCAGGAGUUUGAGGCUUCCGGACAUAGCGAUUACGCACGGGGCCUCUUAAAGCCGUUGAAGGUGGGGCGACUAUUGCCAGCACCGUCAAGCGAUCAGCAUGGCUACUUGGGUGGUUAAAAGAGAGUCAUAUAUAGGGGCCCGACGGGUUGCAUUUGGGCGUUCACUGCGCGUGAGCCUGCCCGACAACCCGCUUGAUUGAGGUCCAUGCAUUCAUGCCUAAAAGCUCGACCAUAAUAAAAAGAGGCGGGAAAAAGGCCGGUCUCGAGGAUACACUAAGUGGUUUGUUGACGUCUAGAGUCUAGACCACAUAAAGGCAAAGCAUACUAAAUCGUCAAUUAUUUGCUAAACUUCGAUGAAUCUAACAACUAGAACAGAUCUGGGUGGCCAUUGGGCCGCGUCGAAUUAGGUCACCUGCCGCUGGAACAUACAUAACAAGGUUCGCUAGGUCCAUGUACAAUGAUGCCGAGCCCUGGAGUCUACAUAGGCGUGACACGUCCGUCCAUGUGAAUUCGGCACUAACCUCUGAU